CUCACUUCACCCAACAUUUCCAAAAGAAGAAUGACGCCCGGCUAAAGAAACACAAGUGAUGGGUCUGCGCAGUUUGUCAGCUUUUAAAACAAUCCUCUAGACUGUAACCGGGCGUUUAAAGCGAUAUAUCCACAGAUUUUGACAUGAUCGAUACUUUUUUCUCACCGUUAUAUGUUUAACCAACUGCAGCUUUACUGUAGGAAGGAAACAGCAGAGGAAAAGGGACUGACUGCGCACUGUUGGCCCACCAAACGCGACACUCUUAUGGACGAUUACUUAUAUCAGCAACGUACUUUAUAUCAACAUAAAUGAUUGUAUUUUUUAACCCAGUCCUUUUAUGCACGCACAAAGACUACUUUAGUAUAUCUAAGACUAUGUGAAGUUUUGGUAGUUGGUUUAUUACGUGUGAUUUGUCAUUUGUUUUUAGGGCCAAAGGUUGUUUUGCUUGUGUCUUUGCUGAUCGAUCAUUAAAUCGAUCAGACGUAUCCCCGGCGUGAUUGAUCAUGGCCACUGACGUAACAGUGUCUGAAGAAGUCUCGAAUCAGAGAGACUUGAGCGAUAUAAAUGACAACAAAAGUCACCCUGAAUCCGACACACCCAAUCGGACAUCGGAGGUUCAAAACAUUAAUAUUAGUAGCUCUUUAACAUCAUCGGUUCAUUCUGGAGAGGAAAUAUCUGAUAACUACACAGCAGGGAAUUCGCUGGCAAAUGGAGACAGUCCGAUCCAAACAGGAGGUCCGCCACCGGAAGUAGCAACUCCAGACAAUGGACAAAAACAAGGCGUGAAGACCUCAACUCCAGUCCGGCUCUUUUCAUCAGCUGAACACAAUGGAAGUUUUGAGCACCAGGAGUCGGUCGCUACCACAGAGGCCCGGCUGAGAAUGGAAGGGGUGGAGCUAAAGGAGGAGUGGCAGGAUGAAGAUUUCCCCAGGCCACUUCCAGAAGAGGAAGAGGAGCUUUUCACUGGUGAUGGAGCACCUGCUACGCAAUCUUACAGUGCAAAGAAAACCAAAAAGAAGCUCUUGGCUCCAGAUAUCAGCCUGAAUCUGGACCGUAGUGAAGGCUCGGUCUUGUCAGAUGAGUUAGAUGAGAGCACAGAAUUGGACCUGGAUGAUAUCGACACGCCCUCCGACAAUAGCAAUGAGUUUGAGUGGGAAGAUGACCUUCCCAAGCCUAAAAACACUGACCUGCUGCAUAAAGGUGUGGAAUCGGUGCGGGAGUACUCGGGCGCGGAGGAACAUGAGCGAGAGGAGGGUCGACGCUGGAGAGUGUUUCGCAUCGGAGAACAGGACCAUAAGGUGGACAUGAAGGCCAUUGAACCUUACAAGAAAGUCAUCAGCCAUGGAGGUUACUAUGGCGAUGGGUUGAACGCCAUCAUCGUCUUUGCCGUUUGCUUUAUGCCCGAGAGCAAUCAACCAAAUUACAGAUACAUCAUGGACAAUCUGUUCAAGUAUGUCAUAGGAACCCUAGAGCUGCUUGUAGCUGAAAACUAUAUGAUUGUAUAUCUGAAUGGAGCCACUUCACGUCGAAAGAUGCCCAGCGUAGGCUGGCUCAGGAAGUGUUAUCAGCAGAUAGAUAGGAGGUUAAGGAAGAAUCUCAAGUCUUUAAUAAUCGUGCACCCGUCCUGGUUUAUUCGCACUCUUCUGGCCCUCACAAAACCUUUUAUAAGCACAAAGUUUAGCCAGAAAAUCAAGUAUGUGUUCAGCCUUACGGACCUGGCGACGCUUGUCCCGAUGGAGUACGUGUCCAUACCCGAGUGCAUUAAACAGUUUGACGAAGAAAAAAAUAGGAAAAAACAUAAAAGGAUUGACCAGGAAAUGCAUGGAAAAGUGGAGAUAGCAACCGCGGCCGUGCCUGAGUAAGCCGAAGGAAAAUAAGCUGGAAGAUGAAACACGUCAGAUUUCUUUUAACUGGAGAACACAAGAUCUUGAUGUCAGAAAUGUGCCGUUAUUGUUGCCACUGCCUGUUACUGUACCUUAUGGGAGUGUCUCUCCCUCUCGCUGUCGCAUUUGCGUGCCAAACAUUUGUCUGAAGGCAUCUGAUUUCUGUGCAUUGAGCAUUUUUAUCUUUUUUAUAUGCAUCAUUUCAAUAAGUAGAUACUGUCAACGUUGUUCUAGUAUUGUAUCUUGCUUGUAGUUAAGGCACUCCGUUAUUGAACUAGUUGAUGCAUGUGUUACAUUUAAGGAUCUGUAUUUAUAUUCAAAAGGUGUUAAAGGAGAAAGAUUAAUAUAUUUUUAUGAUUGAAAUGUUAUUUUUAGGGCUGCAUUGAUUGUCAUCUGCUUGCUGCUCGUCUCGUUGUUUACUGCUGAAUAUCUCAGAAUAAUGUUUCGUGCCCCAGGAAAAAAACUGAGAUAAUAUGUGGACAUGUUGCACCAGUAGCAGUUCUGCAGUUCACAUUCAUUACCCUAAAUGGUUUGGGAGGUAGGGGCUCUUGUGUGUGUUGUGUUCUUGCGAGUAAACUUCCACACAAAAAUCACAUUGUCAUUAUGUAUAAGGAACUGAAUGCUGUUUAACACUUUG